GCCACGGGACUUUUGAACAAAAUCGUAUAACAAUUAUUUGAUCACGUGAUUGCUGGAUAAAGCUUCAUUCGUGGAAUCGCUGAUCACCAUCAACGAAGCGCCUUCGCCGGGACGAUAUUCGCUUUGAGCAGACUAAGCCAUUGUUUUCUCCAAUAUGGGGGUAAGUGUUUACUAAUGAAGAUAUGGUCGAUUCAUUUCAGGACAUUUUGAUUCCAAAUUUUUAGUGUGGGGUUUAUGUUUACACUCUCGAUGGAAGCCGGCGUGUUAUUAAAACGUGGAACCCUUCAUUGGAAUCCGUCUCUUAUCAGAUUAUUUCGCCAGAUAUGGUUACCUAUUCCUCUAGAUCUCACAGAAUCUCACAGUUCGAGGUCUUAAACUUAGGCUAUGAACAUGUCAUCGUUAUUAUUUUUGUACGUAGCAGACUGCGCUAGAACUCCAUCACAAUUGUUGAUUUCUCGAAAACUGAAAGGAAAUACUCCGCUCAUAUUUCGAUGCAAUGAUUUAACAUUCCAUCGCAGCAAACUCUUAUCAACUUCCUGAAGUAAAGUCGAACGGCUGAUUGGGAAAUCUAGAACCAAAAGGCAACUCAAAUUCGAUUUUUUUUGGUCGCUACAAAUAACUAUCCGUGCGUUGUACCUUCGGGCAAUUUCCGGGAAGGCUGAAGGACCCAACCUGGCAUCCCAAGAACGUUCAAUCCAUCUUCACGGCAGCACACCGCACAAUUAUCCAACUAGUUGCAAAACGUCUAUUACACUCAAUAUUACACACGUUAGGACCACCAUAAUUUACGCGCUAAUGUCACUUGGCUAACGGAGUAAAAUUCGCUGUCGUUUUUCUUAAAGUGGCGCUGUCUUUGCAAUAUAUGAUCUUUAAGUUCUUCCAAGGUCAAUAGGACGGUACCUAGUAACUUAUGUUACAUGACUUCAUUCAGACUCAAGAAUGGGGCUUGAACGGAUUCACGUUUGUUGCUAAGUUAUCAUGUCAUUUGAGGGAGAGGCAGUAUACCUUGGACUUCGAAUUGAGAGGUUCGAGUUGUGGUAUUGUUCUCCGAAGAAAAAACACUGCACUCAAAAACCAUCUGUGAUAAACUAUUGCCAAUAUGUUUCUAUGCUUCUUUUGUGUAUUAUAUAAACCUAAUACUGAUACAAACCUCUUCCAUUCAUGCCUACAUUUAUUGUUUUAUAAAUUUAGUUAUUUGAUGUUGCUUGGCUAGCAUCCUGAUCAACAGCCAGCGUAAUUACAUUUGAAAAUACACUUUUCCUUCAGAAUAGUUCUAGCGAGGAGACUCGCUACACUUAUGAGGAUAACACGAGCGAAGAAAGGCGAAGAGCAGAGGAGACAGAGGCAAGACGGCUGGAGAAUGAACGAGAGCAACGCGAAAAAGAAGAGAGAGAACGUAUAGAAAAAGAAAAGCAACAGGAGGAGGAGAGUUGCAGAGAGAAACUCAGGCGACAGCGACAAAAGGAAAUAGAGGAAGAAGAAAAGCUAAGGCAAGAGGACGAACGGAAAAGGCGGGAUUUGGAGGCCGAACUUUGCCGACUUCGGUAUCAGUUGCAAAUGUACCAAUUUGGUGACAAGAUUAAACUGGAUAGUUUCCAGGGACUGGAAAUUGAUGAUGUAACCCAGCUCAGGAUCGGUGUGUUUGGCUCCGCCGGUUCAGGCAAGAGUUCCUUCAUCAACACAGUUGAACGAGUGGUGAGGCAAACAGAUAAGGGUACCGUCCCAUGCCAUGACAAAGGAUAUGAGGGAACCAUUGAACUCCAGGACUACCUGCCAGAGCUAUUCUUUCACUUGGUGGACACCCAUGGUUUCUACAGUUUCAACUCUAAUGAGAUCAUCAUGUUUCAAAAUGUUUUGAGCGGGAAAGUUCAGCCUGGUGAAUUCAUCGCUCACGAUAGAACAGAUCAAGUCAGCAAACAAGAAAUGCAUCGAUGCCCAAACUUUGGACAAAGACUGCAUGGCGCUAUCAUUGUUGUGAAAGCCAACGACCCAAAACUGAGCGAAGGGACUUUCAGGGACUACUGGAACCCAAUUCGAAGAAUCCUGCGCGAAAGUGGUAUUGAUUUCAUUUGUAACAAUUUCUUGAAUUGCUCAUGACUAAACGAAAACCAUCUUUCUUUAAUUUGGUAUUGCAUCACCGAGCUCAUAAUUUACCACCUUUUGUAUACCAUUUAUUAAUACAAAGCUUUCGACAUUCUGAUGCCAGCAGUAUGUAGGACGGGUGUCACACAUGAACUUACUAAUAGCCUAACCCACCGUAGAUUGCCUAUACCUCAGUGGUAGUGCAUCGGAGCACGGAACUCGUAAGCUACAAAAAACGUUGCAAUUCCCUUUGAAGUUUUUAACGGUGUUUAAGCGACCUCCAAAUUCAUUGUCUUUGUCUUUAACAGGUAUUGCACCCAUCACUGUAGUUACUCACUGCGACGAACUGAGAAGUGAGGAAAAGAAGGAGGUUCUGGAGGAUGCAUAUAAAGCUACCAAUAGCUUGCCAAGUCAUACAUUCUUGACGUGGAACUACACAAAAAACAACUGUGAACGAAACCUGGAAAUAGAGCGAAUGAUAUUCGACAUCUUGCAUUAUGCUCUGAUUACCGCAGAAAGAGCUGUGAAGCAAAUGAAGUCUCGGGAGAGAAACGAAAGAGAAGAUGACCUGAUGAGGGCACUGGAGGGCACGUCAGUCAGUGGACCUGACUCUCCCGACGGUAAU